AUGCAGAACAUCGAAAUCUGUUCAGCAAGUGUAUUUUUGUUUUUCAGGGGUGACGUAGUGAUCCUCUUGAUUAUUUCCUUCUUAUAUGCAGUAUGCAUGUCUCCAGGGAUGGAUGACAACCAAUUUAAAACGUGCGUUACUUCAAGAAAGAGAGUCCAAAACCUGUCCAACCAAAAUCGAACAUCCUUUCCCUUGAAUCUUUCCAACACCCUGGAAUACUUGGAUAUAUCUCACAACUACAUUCCAAGUAUCACUGCCCUGAAUUUUCCCCAACUGCCUCUGCUGUGUUUUCUGAAAGCAACUCAUUGCGGGCUGAGGGAAAUUUCUCCGCAUGUGUUUCAGUAUAUUCCCGCACUCCAAAUUCUCAAUAUAUCCUCAAACGACUUAAGAAUCAUUCCCGACAUGACACUGCCGCAACUGACAGUCUUAGAUUUGUCCGACAAUCUUUACGAGCGCUAUAAGCUACCGGACUGUUUUCAGAACCUGACAAAUCUUCAAGUGCUCUCAUUAGGAAGUAAAGCGGCCUUGUCAGUUCAAUUAAAUGACUUGAAACCAGUAAUGAACAUUUCCUUGCAACAUUUGCUGUUGAGUGCAGGAGUUCCCUGGCGAAUGUAUGAACCGGGAGCUCUCGGGAUGUUGUCCCUCCAGAAAUUGUCCCUCUUUGUGAACUUCUGCGGGCGCUUCGAUAUGUUCGACAAAAUCCUUGUGGAUUUCAACGUGACACGAGCGAGUGCCUUGAAGUUGAUCACCAUGUUUUCAGACGACUGCAACGUCACCGGGGACCCCUUCCAGAAUUUAGAAGCAAUGCCGCAUGUGCGAAAUGUCACCGUAGAAAACACCUGGCUAAACACCUCAUUCCUGGAGAUAUUCUUGAAGAACAUUUGGCUGUCCUCUGUUCAGCACUUAAAGUUUAUCAACAUCACGUACAAUGAAGAUACACCUGAUGGUUUACAGUUUCAUUUCCACCCUGUCAAUCACAACAUUAGUCUUCGCUUUGUCUCAUUUGAUGGAGUGUUACAUCGUCAAUACAAAUAUCCCACACUGAACAUCAGCUUUGAUGACCUUUCAAAUGUGAAUUACGUGAAGUUUUCUGGUAGCGGCAUGAUCAUUUUGCCCUGUAAACUCUUAACCACCAUGCCUUCGUUGGAGACCCUGGAUAUGUCAGGCAACCUCUUGAAAGAUUCGGGCUUCUGGUGGCACGAGUGUUCCUACACCUCAGUCUUCCCGAAGCUGAAGCGCCUUUUGUUGAGCAAGAACAGUUUCCGCUCGCUGUCCUUCAUUUCGAAGAGGACGCAUGAAAUGAAACACCUGGAGUCAAUUGAUUUGAGCUUUAACUCCAUCGAACUGGACGCCCAAUGCAUAUGGCCCAAUCAUUUGAUUGAGCUCAAUCUCGGGAAUAAUAAUCUUGGCAGCAAGGUUUUUGAGUAUCUGUCGCCACAUGUUGAGCGAAUUCUCUUAGAGAAAACGGGAAUCACUGCCUUAACCCAAAAGGACCUGUCUCAGUUUCCGAAGCUGAAAUACCUGUAUCUUAGUUCUAACAGCAUUCAGGCGCUUCCAGAACAUCUCAACGCCCCGAACCUGAUCAGUCUCUACGUGGACCAGAAUGCGAUCACAACUCUUUCUCAGCAAGUCUUGCAGGGACUUCCUAAACUUCAGAACAUCAAAGCUGGAAACAAUCCCUUCAGUUGUUCCUGUGACCUACAUUGGUUCAUCACAGACUUAAACAAAUCUUUGCUUUUGGACUGGCCCUUGGAUUAUUCCUGUAGCACCCCAGUGAAGUUGGCAGACCUGCCACUGUCUGAGUACAAAACCAGUGCAAUCUCAUGUGAGACAUGGCUCCAAACUAUCGUUGCUUUCUCUGUCUUACUCUUGGUUGGAACAACUUUGGGCCUGCUUUUUUAUAAACUGGAUGGCGUGUGGUACACAAAGAUGUUAUGGGUGUGGAUUCGAGUGAAGAGGAGAGGCAAGAAACGUUCACACCUGCUAAAGAAAGUAUCAUUUUCUUACCACGCAUUCGUCUCAUACAGUCACCAGGAUUCCCACUUUGUGAGCAGUGAGCUGGCGCCCGCCUUGGAGAAAGCCGGCUUUUCGCUUUGUGUUCACGAACGUGACUUUGUCCCCGGCGAUUGGAUCAUCGACAACAUCAUCAACUGCGUGGAGUCCAGCUACAAAACACUCUUCGUCCUCUCCAAACAUUUCGUGCAGAGCGAGUGGUGCAACUACGAGCUCUUCUUCGCCCAGCACAGAGCCAUCAACAUCCAGCAGGACUCUUUGGUGUUCAUCCUGUUGGAACCCAUCCCGACUGAUUGCCUGCCCAAAAAGUUCUUGAGAUUGAGAAGCUUGCUCCAGCAGCAGACGUACCUGGAAUGGCCCAAAGAUGAGCGGAAGCAGCAAGUGUUUUGGGCGAGUCUCAAAUCCAUGUUGCGGAUGGCGGACAAAUCUGUGGCUUUGAAGAAAUUGGCCGUGGAUCUUUCAGAUACAGCCGCCCUAAUGUCCGACCAUGAUUAA